GAUUGAACAUUUUUUUGAUGUCGGGAGGUUGUGUACAUGUAUCAAUCAAGUUAGAUAUCUUACAUCCAGAUUAUUUGUGUGAUCUUGUAAAUAAAACACCAGAAUCGGAAAUUCGUGGAUGUAAGAAUGUGUUUGGGGAAUCUGUUACAAAGGGUUCUAUAUUCCUUGACGCACUCGAUUUCCAGCGCAAUAAAAUUAAAAAUCUUCUAAAUGAAGCACUCAAAGAAAAGUUGAGCACAUCCAAUAAAGGGUUGUUAUCUACUGCGCAAAAGGACUUAGACGCAAUGGAGAAGAAGAGGAAGAUAGCCAGGUCCGUAUAUGAUGAAAUGCUUCAAUAUGGUAAAAGACUUCUAGAAUGCAUCAGAAUUUUAAAGGAUGUCAAUGAUGAAUUACAAAAUGUCUCUUCAUUAAGAUGUAACAGCGUAAUUAAUGGAAUGUUCAAGGAUAUACCGUCGUUGUUUAAAGUCCAUGAACAUUUGACUGAAAGUUUUGAUUCCUGUGAAGCUGAAGACAUAGAAUUGCCCUCAACGUUUACCAGUGACAAGGAGAUGCAAAUCUUGAAUAUAUACAAGAGCUUCUUAUGUCGUUAUGCAGUGAAUUUCAAGACUUUCUCGGAAAUGUAUUCCACGAACGAAGAGCUUCAAAAUAUAUGUAAAGGUAUCGUUGCAAAAUCUCAGUAUCAAGAGCAACGUAUUCAGAAUGUACCUGGGAUGUUCUAUGGUGUCAGCAUAGCGUUACCACGAUACAAAGAUCUCAUUUAUAGGCUUAAAGGAACCAUGCUUCCGAGCGACCCAGAAUAUACAAAUGUCACAAAGGCUUGGAAUUUCAUCAAGGAUUUAUUGGAUCGUUCGGAACAAGAAAUUAUUUUGCAGGAGAAAAUGUUGAAUGCUAGAGAAGCACUUGGUAAACUGGAUGGUCUUCGUGUAAAGUAUACUCAAAUUCCGUUACUACAUCUAGAAGGUCCCGCAAAGAAACUACCUAGACGUUCAAUACAUAGACGGCUUUUGGAUAGAUAUUUAUUUCUUUUUUCCGAAUAUUUGGUCAUGACUGAAUCCCCUAAUGCCGUUGGUCGUUAUCAAGUUAAGUCAGAGAUAGGUUUGGCUGGAAUGACAUUAUGUGAAGUCAAAGAUGAUGAAGAAAUCAAUGUUGAACACUGUUUUAGAAUUAAAGCGAAAGAGCUAUGCGUCGAGGUUGCUUUCUCAAAUGAUGACGAAAAACAACUUUGGUGGCGUGAACUUCAACAGGCUAUUGAUUGUGAAUGUAAUAAACCGAAUAGUAAUUGUUUCAAUGAAAAAAAGUCAAUAAUGAGUGCAAAUAAUUUAGGUGAAGUUGCAGCUCAAUGGGUCAAAGAUGAAUCAUCCACUAUGUGUACAAAUUGUUGUACAGAAUUUACUACACUUAAUCGACGACAUCAUUGUCGUGCAUGUGGCAAGUUAUUUUGUGGUUCCUGUUCAGCAUAUAAAGCUCCAUUGGAAUCUUGUGGUGGUAAAUAUGAACGAGUAUGUGUUGUAGACUAUUAUUUACUUAAUAAGAAUUUCAAACCUCCAAAACCUAAAAUUAUGGAGGCGAUAUUGCGUCGAGUAGACAAACAGCAACCACCUCAACCAUUGCGAACUGGUUUCUUAAUGUGGAGUCAUUUUAAUAAUUCAUGGUCUACAAAAUCACCUAUUCGACUACCGAAAUCUUCCGUACAGUAUCGUUCUGUUGAUAAAAGUUCUGAAAUACGAAAAGAAUUGCUUCGUGAUAUUGGUCCAUUUAACUCUAGCAAAUUUGCAUGCAAAAACUCUUCUACAGAUCCCGUAGACAAUCAUCAUGAUUCAAAUACCCAAUCAACUUCUAAUUCACUGCCUCACAUCAACAAUCGAUCGUUCGAUUCAUCAAUUAAUAUAGAAUCGACAAAUCAUAAAUCAUCAUCUGCAUGCCUAUCUCGUUUAUUUUGUGUUUUACAAACGGAUACUUCAUUCGAAUUCUACGCUGCUCGUGCUGAUACACGUGCAGUAGAUAAAAUUACUGUGAUAGGUUUACGUUUAUUCUACCUAGAUGAUAAUUUCAAUGAUACAUUUUCAAAUCACAAUGGUGAUUUAUCAACAAUACAACAACCUACGCUGCAUACUAAAGCACGAAGUUUUGAUAAUUCGUCUAAUGUGAACAAGGAUUUCCCUGAAAACACUAUUGGGUCAUUUAGACGGGAAUAUUCUAGAUUAUAUAGACAAGGUAAUCCUAUAUAUCGAAACUGUAAACCUCCUCCACGGGAUCGUAACAUAUUUGAUCAUGGAUUUUCUAGUGAAACAUCUAGUCUUUCAGACGUAACAUCUUUAUCGAAAUCUUAUAUCAAACCAUCAUCAAUUAGUACCUUAGAAGCUGACAGAUUAUCGAACCGAUCUACACAAUCUUGUAGAGAAAGAUCCUCUAAAGAGAAUCAUAAAAAUUCUGUAUGUAGUUUUUCUGGUGAUCAAUCCAAUGAUGAUGAGGGAAUUGUAACUAACAGUGAAAUAAUAAAACAUGUAGAAACAAUCAGUCCUGAGAUAUUGGGUCUUCUGCGUAAUAAUUUAGGUUUUCUUCUGUUACCUUUAAAUACAGACCGUCCAGCACAUUAUUUUGAAGCAACAACAGUAGAAAUCAGAACACAAUGGAUCAAUUCUAUUCGUCGUGUUUGCAUAGAUUUCAUGUCCUCUCCGCCUUCCAGGUGAACAAGAUAGAGAGGUGAAUGCAUCUGUUACCAUCUAUCGGUCAAUAUUUUUGGAUAGAAAUAACAAAUAAAAAGUUGAUUUUAUCAGAUUAUCUUGUAAGAUGUUGUCUGUUUGUUUGUUUGUUUAUUUUUUUUACCUCUCUUAUUCUUUCAGUAUGUUGCGUUACGUUACUUACAAGUAGUAUGUUUAUUUUUUUAUGAAUAUAAUGAAAUUGUGACUCAAUUUCAUCUUGUUGUCAUGGCGUCUCUGUUCCAUGAAUUACUUUUCUAUAUUGUUUUUAUUCCUCAUACUGAUGAGUUAUGGUUUUUUGUAAACUGGCAUAAGUUCGAGUCUUUUCUACUAUUUAUAGUAAUUUUAUUUGAUUUUUUUUAAAGUGUUUUUUUUCUUAUUCUACCGUACUUUUGAUUGUUUAUAUUGUGUUCUUUUCUCCCUCACAUAAUUGAAUAUGAUUUUCUUUUUGUUUAUUCCAAAUUUACUUUUAAUGGAUGGAUGUAAAUGGGAAAGUAAGAUAAUUCUAUGCUAUUUCUAAUAGUCUAUGUGGUUAGAGAUUACUGGAAUAUUGGGUUUCUUUAAUUUUUUUCGAUUUUCAAUCUGAUUAUGGGUCAUUCAUUUUGUUGAAUAAGACUUUUUUUGGAAAUAAUUAGUGUCAUUUUAAUGAUUUUGAUUGAUAUCCAGUACUUUAUCCAGUACCGUAAACUUUGUUAUAACUUACUGACUGAUACAGAAAUACAGUUCUACAAUGUU